AAAUAUUAUUGGUGCACUUGUGAAAGAAUAUUAGACUCACCAGUUGACGUGUAUUGCACGCUUGGCACGAUUUGUUUACUUUUGAAGUUUGGUAAAAAUCGAACAUUUCUGCUACUUUGAGCUCAAUUUCAAGGUAUCUUUCAUUGUAAAACCAGUCAAAAUCAUCUCAAUUUCUGUAAUAUGUCUUCCAUUCUAUAAAAUGAGACCAAGAAAACUAGAAUACAACAAUAAAUACCAUACGAAAAUACAGUGCAAAGUCGCGGUUUUAUUCCAAAAAACGGUCAAAGUUUUUUUUUUCUCAUUAUGCACUGUGUGCUGCAGGAUUUUUUUUAGACUGUGCACACUGACCACAUAGACCCAUUCUUUCAUAUGAAGGCCUACCAGCUUUCUCCCACUAGAUUUGAGGGCGCUAGAAUUUAGGCGUACUAGUACGUCAAAAACCUUGGGUCGUAAGCCGUACUAGUGCGUCCGAAACCCUCAAAGGGUUAAAUCUCUCAAACCAACCUUUGCUGGCCUUAAUUCACUAACAUGAGCACUAGUUCCAGGCAUUUUCUUAAUUAGAUCAUCAUGCAACUGCCUUGCCUUUUCACACAUUAUUGCCUGAGAAACACUAUCUCCUGAUAUGUAAUUGUUUCUUGUUUAUUCACACCAACAACAGUCUCUCCACAUCUUCGAGUAUUUGCAAUCUCUGUUUUGUAAGCAUACUUGCAUCUUUUGCAACAACAGCUUCCUUGAUUGCCUUUUUGUUGGCCAAGAUAGUAGCGAUGGUUGAAUGGGGUUUGUUAUACAACCUGGCCAGUGCAGAGACAUGCACUCCUCUUUCGUAUUUUGCGAUCUUUUUCUUCAAUUCAAUAGUGUUUCUCACCCUCUUUACCACAGGGCUGGCACUAGAAGCUUUCAUUGGGCCCAUUGUGGUUUAUUUAGCAGUUACAAGCACUAAAAACAUGUUAAUGAACUGCUGUCGAUGAAUAAACAGAAGGAUGAACGUGGGCUUGAACUGCGAUCUGUAAAUUGACAGUCUGAUGCUCUACCAUCUCGGCUAACCCAGACCUCUAGGAUUCAGAGGCAAUAUUGUAUUACAUUCUGUCAGAGGCACCAACUGUAACCCAACUAAACUCCUACUCUUGGCCCAGGAGCUUUAAUGGUAGAUCUAUACUUAAACUCCUCCCAUCCCCUCAAGGUCACAGUCUAUGAGUUCAGUUGGGUUACAUUUGGUACCUCUGAUAGAAUGUAACACAAUAAGUAUUACCUCUGAAUCUUUCCUAUUAGAGGCCUGGGUUAGCCUAGACAAUAGAGCAUUGGACUGCCAAUUUAUGGACUGCAGUUUGAGCAACUAAUCCACCCAGUUUAAUAUGAAAAUAUCACAGGGAAAAUGGGAAAAACACCUCAGCACUUUCAUGUGUUUCCACACAUACCUGAAGAUGUGUGUGUAAGCACAUGAAAGUGCUUGGGUGUUUUUCCUAUUUUCACUAUUAUUUUUAAAUAUUCACAGUCACACGUUUAUUGUAAUUUUUUCAUGUCGUUUAAUGUGAUCCUUUACUGACAGUGUUUAGCCAAGCAGCAAACUUGAUAGUCACAAACAGAUCUGUUUGUGACCUCAUAGAGACCAUCAUGUUGGGUGAAACAUGGUCAGUAAAGGACCACAUUAUACUUCAUUUGUCUUUCUCAUUCCAUCCUGUCUUUUAAUGAACCUUAACUUAUAAAUACCUGUAUAAAGUUUUAAUUUGUGUUGCUGUUAGAAAAUAAUAAUUAAAGCAUUGUAAGAGUUAAUGUAGUAUAGCAGCUUCUCCAAUAUAGCCAUUUUAUUAUAACAUUGAUUUGAAAAAAAAAUCAAGUGAAUACAAAUUAUUGUAAAAUAAAAAAUCAUAAUGUAUGUGAUAAUCUCAUGAUAAUUGUUUUGGUUAGAGCCGCAGUUUCCAAGAACCUGUUAACGACAUUGAGGACUUGCUGUACAUGUUUCAGGACACUUUCAGUCUUUUCACCAGAGAGUCUGACCCAAGACCAGGCUCUGGGAGUAAAAAAAAAAAAAAAAAAAAAAAAAAAAAAAAAAAACUUCAAAGGUCGAAUAUACCCAACAUUACAGUACUGUAUUGCACUGUCUAUGUUGACAGUUUUAUAUUUAUCUUAAAAAGAAAACAAAUUUUUAAAAAUUAAGGUCAAAUCCUAUCUUCCAUUGUCAGUUUAUUCAGCAUACACACUUCCAGGUCAGCAAGCAACAGUGACUGGAAUGCAAGCAAUGUAAAAAUUUAUUGUUUUUGAUUAAUUACAGACCUUGAGGAAAGACCUGUUGACUUUUCUGAAGGUCCAAAGAAUGUAACUAUUUUUUUCUGUGCAUUUUUAGGCUCGACUAACAUGAGAAAUGUGACUACAGUAUUAAUCGAUGUUCCGCUGUACUCUGUCAUAUUUGUUUGACUACCCUCCCCCAUACUUUUUCUUUAUAUACUUUUCCCCUUUUUACUUAUAUAUUUUUGAUCUCAGUUGUGUUCUUGCCCAUGUGACCUUCAUGGCUGUGUGUGUUAUGCAUCACAUGCACUUAAAUGCUUUCAUGCCUUUUGCCAUGUGCAUGUUUAUCAUCUUGUUUUGAAGCAUGUGGUGAUGGAAGUUUUAAAUGACCGGUUUUUGUGACACAACUGCCAUCCUUGUUGUAUGCAAUCUUUUUUUUAAUUAACUAUUUGCAAAUAAAGUUGCUGCAUGCAUCUGAGUAAGGGACAGAAUAGGUAGACUUUAAAACAUGCAGAGGUGCCUUUUUCUAGCAUAUGAUUUAUGAAAUAUUCAGGAAUGCUCAAAAUUGAUAUUUUUGUGCCAUGAGUAAAUACUAGUGUAAUUGUAUUAUAGAGUGUAUUAUACAGUACUGUAUCGAGGCAAAUGUAGACAGGUGUUUGCUGCCAUUUUCAGUGUAGUGAUUUUUGCUUUUGUGUGUGUGUGUGUGUGCAUCAUGAUCAUAUUUAUUAAUGUUUAUUUUUGCUUUCUUUCUUUUCCGGAACAUCCUUCAUGGAAACGCAACCGCUCCUCUAACCUCCUCAUGCCAUUCCCCAUCCAUCCCAUCCACACUCCAUCCUAUCCCCCCCCCUCCUCUAAUAUUACUCAACUUCCUGGUCAUCACUCCCUUCUCCUUCCCUCAUUUAUAUGUACUCUGGCUCCUUCCUCAUUCACUUGUACUGUGGCUCCUCCUCCUCAUCCACAUGUACUCUGGUUCCUCUUCCUCCUCCUGUUUCCUCAACACCUUGAGUCACUCUUCUGGGUUUUCUUAUUAUCACUCACCUUGUUUACAUUCUUGUGCAUUAUUUCUUGCCUCCUAUUCAUAUUCUUUGUGGUUCAUUUCUUACAUUUAUUCACCUCUUCCUGUAUCCUACCCUUGGCUCCUCUCUUCCCAACAUCACUCACACUCAUAUACUGUACCUCUCUUGAUUGUUUCUGGGCCUAUUCUUUAUAUAUAUAUAUUAUAUAUUAUAUUAUCUGCUACCUUUAUACAUUUUUUUGAUAUUUUUGGAUUUCGUUCAUAUUUCACUCUUCUACAUAAUGUUUUAAAAUGUUGACUCUUCUACACAAUGUUACUAAUGUUUCCUCUCACUUAUUCACUAUUUUGUUAAUGUCUUCCAUUGUUAAAUUUUUCACCAUUCUGCUUCAUCUCUUCUUAAUAUGACUUCUUCAAUUCUGCUUUGGCUGUUUCAAUGUAAUUGUUAUGACACAAAUGUUACACCUAUCCUGUGACUUAUAACUGUUUACUGUAACCUGUCUCUGUAACCUUAUUGUAUCUCUUUAUUGUGUAUUAACAACAACCUGUCAUAAACUUUAUUGCUUGUUACUGCUCUCCUCUGAUCCACCCAACACAUUGUUGACCUGUCUUUACUCUGCUCCCUCAUCCUUAUCUUCACUCUUUCUUUCUUAAUACUAACCACUUAACACAAACUUCUGAUAACUGUCUUCACUAUCCAAUCCACUUAUCUUCAUUCUUACUUUCUUAACACUAACCUCUGAUCCACUUAUCUUCACUCUUACUUUCUUAACACUAACUUCUGAUCCACUUAUCUUCACUCUUACUUUCUUAACACUAACUUCUGAUCCACUUAUCUUUACUCUUACUUUCUUAACACUAACCUCUGAUCCACUUAUCUUCACUCUUACUUUCUUAACACUAACCUCUGAUCCACUUAUCUUCACUCUUACUUUCUUAACACUAACUUCUGAUCCACUUAUCUUUACUCUUACUUUCUUAACACUAACCUCUGAUCCACUUAUCUUUACUCUUAUUUUCUUAACACUAACUUCUGAUCCACUUAUCUUUACUCUUACUUUCUUAACACUAACCUCUGAUCCACUUGCCCUUACAUUCAACUCCAUCCACCAUCCUGAUCCACCCACCAUCCUGCCGGCCCGUGGUUCCUCCGCUCCUUCACUUUUACCUACGAACACCUAGGUUACGUGUCUUUUGCCGGUGGCUCUGUUUCCAACAACAGCACAUUCCACCUGGACUCUGAUGAGCCAGAGUUCCCGGGUAUUGGCCAAUAUGACGACUUCCACACCAUUGAUUGGCAGCGCGAUGUUGCCAGGGAUCGCAUGCGCCACCGCUACAUCAUCAAAAAGAAAGAAGACAGCAUGUGGGACUGGGUCAAGAGUGGUCAUGAUGCCUGGUCGGGAUGGCUGUGUGUCUUCAAGGUGGGAGUUAUUGCAGGUGCUGUUGCUGGAAUGAUUGACAUUGGGACCAGCUGGAUGUCUGACCUCAGGUUUGGGAUCUGUCCUGAGGCCUUCUGGUUUAACCAGGAACAGUGCUGCUGGUCAUCAAAUGAAACAUUCUAUGAUGGAGAUAAUUGUUCCAAAUGGUUUACGUGGCCCGAGGUGUUUGGUCAUGCUCCAGAUGGUGCAGGAGCCUACAUUAUCUCUUAUAUCUUCUAUAUAAUGUGGUCACUGCUGUUUGCCUCAUUGGCUGCAUCUCUAGUCAUGAUGUUUGCUCCCUACGCUUGUGGCUCAGGAAUUCCAGAGAUUAAGACUAUUUUAAGUGGGUUUAUUAUUCGUGGUUACCUUGGCAAGUGGACACUGCUGAUCAAGUCGUUAGGCAUGAUUCUUGCCGUCUCUGCUGGCCUCUCCUUGGGAAAAGAAGGACCACUGGUACAUGUAGCUUGUUGUAUUGGAAACAUACUCUCGUACCUUUUCCCAAAAUAUGGGAAAAAUGAAGCCAAAAAACGUGAAAUUCUCUCAGCUGCAGCAGCUGUGGGCGUGUCUGUGGCCUUCGGUGCACCCAUUGGAGGUGUUCUCUUCAGUCUGGAAGAGGCUUCAUAUUAUUUCCCUCUGAAGACACUGUGGCGGUCAUUCUUUGCUGCGUUAGUAGCAGCAUUUGUCCUGCGUUCCAUCAACCCCUUUGGUAAUGAGCACCUGGUGCUCUUUUAUGUGGAGUACAGCAAACCCUGGAUUUUCAUUGAGCUGGUGCCUUUCAUUAUUCUUGGCAUCAUUGGGGUAAGUAUUAAUCUGUAUUCUUCUAUUCCUUCUCGAAUGAGUGGCUUGAUGCUGGCGAAGGGCUCUUGAUCCAAGAUUACCUUUCAUUCUCCAGUGGAGAAUUAUUGGCUGUUCUGCCUGGUGUAACACAGCUGCCAGAGUGAGUGAAGUUUUUUAUUGCCUGUUUCUGAUGACCUGUUUGUAUAUAGGGAGUAUGACCAUUAGCUUAGAAGUGUUGGACAAAAACACACACAGCAAAAAAAAAAAAUGACCUUUUAUUGUAAAGAGCUCUUCUUUUGUUAUAAUCUUCCUUUUCACUGCUUGUAUGUAUAUGAGCAGAGCUAAGUUCGUGGUAACUGUUUUUAACCC